AUGGAGAAGCUCGUCGCUAAGCUUCAGUCCGCGCAGCACAGGGGCGUCCGGGAGGAGUGCAUCACGUCCAUUGCCGUGAUCGCUGGGGUCAUCGGGAAGGAUUUUUCUUUGUAUUAUGAUGGGAUCAUGCCUUUGCUGAAGCAGUUCGUGAUGCAGCUCACGGGCGAGAAAGAGAAUCGUCUACGCGGGAAGUCAUUUGAGUGCAUGUCCUUGUUGGGCCUAGCAGUUGGCAAGGACAAAUUCCUGCCCGACGCUCGAGAGGCGAUCCAGGCGAUGAUGAGCGCAACAGGUCAGGUGGAUGAUAUACUGCGCGAGUACAUCGAGCAGGCAUCGGAACGCAUCUGCAAAUGCCUGAAGAAGGACUUCGCGCCAUUUCUGCAGGCGGUCCUGCCAGGGCUCAUCAAGAAUCUCGCCCUGGAGAGCUCCCCAGCAGCCGAGGCCGCGGGGCAGGACAGCGAAUACUACCAGGUCACCCGAGGGGACGGGCAGGUGGUGCAGGUGCACACCGACAAGUUCAACGAGCUGAUGCAGUCGCUGAGGCUGCUGACCACGUACUGCACAGAGCUCGAGGGCGCCUUCUACGACUGCCUCGCGCCAGCUGCCCAGGCGCUGCUGCCACUUCUGUCUGCCUCUAACGAUAGGUACACGUCGUACGACGACGCCCGCAGCACUGCGCUGUGGACUUGGGCGCUGCUCAUCAAGGCGGCACGGGCUGGAGCCGCCGAGAGGGGACUGCCGCCGAGCGUCGCAGGGGAGCUCUUGCGCGCGGCGCUGCAGCAGACGUUCCAGGCGAUGGACGUCUGCGCCUAUGCGGAAACCCUGUCCUCGAACGCGAGCAGCCUGACGGAGUGCAUCAAGAACGGAGGCCCUGGGGUCCUCACCGACGGGGAGAUCGUGCAGAUUGCCCAGAAGAUGUUCGCGAUGGUGGACCAGUCCCUCGCGCGGAGCGCCAAGAAGCAGGCGCAGCGGCAGGGCGCCGCCACAGCCGCUCCCGGCGAGGACGACGAGGGCGAGGACGAAGAGAACGAGUGGGAGGCGUCGUGCAGACAGGCGUACGUGGAGGUGCUGGGGUCUCUGAUGAAGGUGGGCCCCGCGGAGUUCCUGCAGCUCCUGCCCGCGUGCGGCGAGCGCCUCCAGCAGUGGGCGCAGAGCGCGGACAACCGGGUCCUCGCCCUGAACCUCGCGUGCGCCCUCGUCGAGCACCUGAGGGAGCGCUCAGCGCCGCUCUGGCCCGCCUUCAUGCCCAUGGCGCUGCAGGCGCUGGGCGACGCGAGCGCCGAGGUUCGAACCUCGGCGGCCUACGUCAUCAACGUGGCGUCUGGGAUACCCGACUUUGGCCAAGCUGCGCCGGAAGCAUUUCGCCGUCUGGCGCAGAUCGUGGGAGGCGCCAGGCCCAAGAAGCGCGAUCUCAGGGCACUGACCGCGUAUGACAACGCGGUGGGCGCGCUGACAUCACUGGCCAUCGGCGCCUCUGGGCACUGCCCUCCAGAAGUUCAGGCCUGGAGCCUGAUUCUGUCCAAGCUGCCCCUGCGCGACGACUGGGAGGAGGCGCAGGCAGUGCACGGGAAGAUUGUGGACCAGGUUGCUGCGCAGAAUCAGAGCCUCCUGGGCGCCAACAAUGCGAACCUUGGAACUGUGCUUGGCAUCUUCGCAGAGAUCCACCAGACCCAGGGCAUCUGCAACGAGGCCACCGACGAGAAGAUCCUAAAGGUGUUCAGGAUGAUCCCGCAGCAGUCCGUGCUUCAGCUG